UUUUUGGGCAAAAAAGUAGAAUUAAUAUCUCACACUGCUCAUGGUCCAAUCAGGUCCUUAUACAAAAGACUCUUUCUUCACUGAAUGGUAUCUUGCAACUGAAGAACUUCAGCAGGUUCCUGAAAAUAUUCUUACCAGAUCAACAAUUGAGAGUAUCUUAGUGGCAAAUGAGUUGCCGAUGGAGUUUAUAAACACUCAUUUCAACCCUCUCAUCGAGUAUUGCGAAGGCAAGAAGAUCACAGAAGUUGAUGAAAACGUAGUAGAACAAUACGCUCAGGAGAUCUUCUCAAGAGCUUGCGCUCAAGGAAUAGCAAUUUCUGAAUAAUUAAAGCAAGAUUCUUCAUUCUAUUGGAAAAUUUUCAAUC